AUGUCCAUUCAAGACACCCUGAAACCCGUCAACGGGUCCAAUGGCGGGGAGGCGCCCAUCCUCUGGCAACACCCAAACCCGUCCAGCACCAACCUCGCCCGCUUCAUGCGCCAUGUAGGCCAGAAGACACGGCCCGAUCUCACCCUGGACUCAUACGAGGCGCUCUAUCAGUGGUCUAUAGACGACAUUGCCGGGUUCUGGGGUGCCGUGUGGGAGUUUUGCGGGGUCAAGGCCUCGAAGCCCUACGAGCACGUCCUGUCGUCCUCGUCCCCGCCCAUGUUUCCCAGGCCAGACUUCUUUGCCGGCGCCAGGCUGAACUUUGCAGAGAACCUCUUGUUCCCAGCCGGCGAGUGGGUCGACAAGAACAGCACGGCCGUCAUCACAGUAACGGAGCGGUGGGAGGACGAAGAGGGCGGCGUGCGCGAGACGAGCUGGGCCCAGUUGCGCGAGGCCGUGAGGCAAUGUGCAGGCGCGCUGCGGGCGUCGGGUCUGCAGCAGGGCGAGAUCGUCGCGGGUUUCGUAUCGAACCAUGUCGAGGCGCUGGUGGCCAUGCUGGCUGCCGCCUCCAUCGGUGCGGUGUGGACGGGUAUCAGCCCUGAUACGGGAGUCUCUGCCGUGCUGGAUCGUCUGGCCCAGAUCGGGCCCAAGGUGCUGUUUGCCGACAAUGCGAUGGUGUAUAACGGCAAGGAGUGGUCGAGCACGGAGAAGACGGCCGAGAUCGUGGCCGAGCUGAGGGCGGCGGGUGGGUUGGAGCUGGUGGUCGUGAUCGAGACGCUGCGCGGCGCCGAGAUGGGCCUCGCGGAGCUGAAGAGAGGAGGACAAAAGACGGGGCGGGUCGAGACCUGGGAUGACUUCCUGACAGCCUCCUCACCAGACGAGCCGCUGCGCUUCGAACAGCUGCCGCCGUCACACCCGCUCUACAUCCUCUACAGCAGCGGCACCACGGGCCUCCCCAAGGCCAUCAUCCACACGGCGGCGGGUACGCUCCUCCAGCACAAGAAGGAGCAUUUCUUGCACUGCUCUCUCACCGCCGCCAGCCGCAUGCUCUACUAUACGACCACCUCCUGGAUGAUGUGGCACUGGAGCAUCUCCGCUCUCGCCGUCGGCGCCUCCUUGGUCCUCUACACCGGCUCCCCUUUUCGCCCCCACUCCCACCUCUCCCUCCCUCGCCUUCUCUCCAAGUUCCGCGUCACCCACUUUGGCACCAGCGCCGCCUAUCUCGUCGCCCUCGAGGCCAACGGUGUGCGGCCCGUCGAAGACCCCACCCUCGACCUCUCCGCCCUCGAGGCCAUCUACUCCACUGCUAGCCCCCUCCCGCCUUCCACUUUUGCCUUCGUCUACGAGGCGUUUCCCAGGACGAUCAACCUGGGGAGUAUCACGGGUGGCACCGACAUCAUCUCACUAUUUGGCGCGCCCUGUCCGUUCCUGCCUGUGCGUGCUGGGGAGAUCCAGUGCGCAGGCCUGGGUAUGGCUGUAGAGGUGGUUGAUAGCGCUUCUCCUGAGGAUGACCCACGACCUGUCGAGCCGUCUGGGAGCCCUGGGGAUCUGGUCUGUGUAAAGCCGUUCCCUUGUCAACCGCUGACCUUUUUUGGCAAGGGCGGUGAUGACAAGUACCGAGCUGCCUACUUCGAACGCUUCACAACCCCCAAAGGUCCCAUCUGGGCGCAUGGCGACUUCGUCUCCCUCACCCCCACCCGCGGCCUUGUCAUGCUCGGCCGGUCCGACGGCGUCCUCAAGCCUGCCGGCGUGCGCUUCGGUUCCGCCGAGAUCUACAACAUCCUCACUCGCUACUUUGCCCCCACCAUCGCCGACGCCGUCUGCAUCGGCCGCCGCCGUCCCGCACUCGACGCAGACGAGUCCGUCUGCCUCUUCCUCGUCAUGCGCGAGGGCCACCGUUUUGUGCAGGGUGAGACGGACGUGGAGGUGAAGCGGGUGAUCCGGGACCGGCUGAGUCCGCGGCAUGUCCCUGCCGUGGUGGCCGAGUGUGGGCCGGACGGGGUUCCGAGGACGGGCAACGGUAAGAAGAUCGAGGUGGCCGUGAAGCAGAUCUUGAGUGGCCUGCCGGUGCGGACGAAUGCCUCGGUGGCGAAUCCGGAGGCGCUGGAGUGGUUCCGGACCUGGGCUGCUGAGCAUCCUUGA